GCGGUGUCGGAGCGCAUCUCUCAGCCCGAGCGCAGAGCGGGGAGCUGCGAGCUGAAGGGCGGCGCGCCGCACACCCUCCGCUCCGGCCACCGACGCGUCUCUCCCCGCGAUUCCGGCAGCAUCUCCACCCGCCGCGCCGCCUUGGAUUACAAGUUUCUCUUUCCGUACAACCGACUCUCCCUCUAGACUCUAUUCCCUCUCCCGCGUCGCGUCGCGCGGCGCUCGAUCCGGACCAGAGUCCCGAUCCCUCUGCCUACUGGAUCUCCAUCAGCGGGAGGUGUCACUCGCUCGCUCGCGCUGCCGCGCGCGCCCGCUCGGCUCCGUCCCCACCCACAGCACUCGCAUGCGGACUUAGUUGGCUGCGCGCUCCCGUUCCGUCGCGCUGUCGCCGCUCGCCGCGGACCGGUGCACUUGUGUCCUCUCUCGCUUUCUGCCCCCCCUUUCCCCCCCCCCCGCCGCCCGUUCGCCGCCGGCCCUCCUGGAUCGGGAUGGAUGCGCCUGCGGUUCUGCUCCUCUGCUUCCUCUGGGCUCCGGCUCCCGCUCUGGCGGACGCGGCGAACGGAAAGGCGCGCAACUGCGCGGACAUGCGGAGCUUCUACAGCGGGAAGGGCUUCGCCAUCGCCGGCAUCCCGAACACCGAGAUCUCCGGUGAGCACCUGCGGAUCUGCCCCCAGGGCUACACCUGCUGCACCAGCGAGAUGGAGGAGAGCCUGUCCAACCUCAGUCGGCGCGAGUUCGAGGGCCGGGUCAAGGAGUCGGGCCGUGCCCUGCAGGGCUCUCUCUACGCCCUGUAUAGGAGCUUCGAUGGUUACUUCGUGGAGCUACUGAACGCGUCGCAGCGCUCCCUGCAGGACUCGUACCGCGAGGCCCACGGUACCCUGUUUGCGCAGAACGCUCGUGUCUUCCAGGACCUCUACGAUGAGCUGCGGCGCUACUACCGCGGUGCCCGCCUCAACCUGGAGGAGGCGCUCAACGAGUUCUGGGCGCGGCUGAUGGAGCGGCUCUUCCGGGCCGCGAACCUGCAGUACACCCUGGGCGACGAGUACCUGGACUGCGCCGCCAAGCAGAUGGAGACACUACGGCCCUUUGGUGACGCGCCGCAUGACCUCCACCUUCGGGCCACUAGGACCUUUGUAGCUGCCCGUUCCCUCGUCCAGGGCCUGACCAUCGCCGGGGAGGUGGUCCGCAAGGUUUCCCAGGUACCUCUGAGCCUGGAGUGCAACCGGGCCAUCAUGAAGCUGAUGUACUGCCCUCACUGCCGGGGCGUCUCCUUCAAGCCUUGUGCCAAUUACUGCAGGAACGUCAUGAAGGGCUGCCUGGCCAACCAGGCUGAUCUGCACACCGAGUGGCAGAACCUUCUAGAUACCAUGAUGCAGGUGGUGAACAGCUUCAACUCCGCCGACUCAGGCCUCGAUGUGGUCCUCUACUCCAUCCCUCGGCAGAUCUCAGAGGGCAUAAUCAACAUGCAGGAGAACAUGGAGACCUUCAGCACCAAGGUGUUCCAGGCGUGUGGGAACCCCCGCGUGGCUGGAACCGGCAGCACGGUACCCGAGGAGCCCAGGAAGCGAGGCGGCCCUGUGUCCGAAAACAAGCCCAGCCCCACGAACCGGGCCAGGCUGGAGAAAGUGGUCUCCGACAUGAGCAGCAAGCUGAGGGAGAGGCAGCAGUACUGGGUGACGCUGCCCACCAUGCUCUGCGGGGACAAGGUGGCAGCACCAGCGGCCAGUGAGGAUCGAUGCUGGAACGGGAUGACCAGGGGCAGAUACCUGCCCCAGCUCAUGGGAGACGGCCUGGCCAGCCAGAUCAACAACCCCGAGGUGGAGAUCGACAUCACCAAGCCGGACAUGACGAUCCGCCAGCAGAUCAUGCAGCUCAAAGUUAUGACCAACCGCCUAAAGAACGCCUUCAAUGGCAACGACGUGGACUUCCAGGACGCCAGUGAUGACGUGAGUGGCUCAGGAAGCGGGAUGUACGCCGAAGAAUCGCCCCCUCGCGGCGGCACCCGAGCCGUCACCAGGACGGACCGCCCCAAACUGUACGCCUACCAGCCAGACAACAAGAAGGUCACGACGGGCACAGGGAGCCACGCGUCGCCCAGCUCUUCCCUCCUCUUCCUCUCAGUGGCCGCCCUUCUCUUUCGGCGGUAAUUGACCUGUGACGUCAACAAAUGGGACUGAGAUUUGGGCUGCGCGUGGGUUCGAGGGUGGGUGGGGUUUCCAGGACAAAAGCUUGGGGCUGUAACUUUGCCAAAAAUGAGAAAAGAAUGGACGGACCACCUUUUUUUCUUUCGUAGGGGGAGACGAAAACAAAGGGAA